AUGUUGGGAUCUUUCACCUCGCACAAGGGGAUCGUGCUGCAAGUUUGUGGAGAAGUGUCUACACGUCGCUUUUUCCAAACAUUCAUCUUGGGCCAGCAGAGCGCCAAGAAGUUCUACGUGCAGAACGAUAUCUUCCAGUUUGUCGAUGUGGCUUUUCACAGUGAGUCGCAAGACUCACCUGCACCUGCGCCAUCCAACGAGGCCUCAAUCACUGAGGCACAGUCGGUGGACAUCGAUCUUGUGCAGAACGGACACAAUCAUUCCCAUUCUUCCAUUGCUUUGAGCUGUGAGGAGACUCCUAUCCUGACAAGCGUUGUUUCUCAUGCCAAGGUUAGCCCACCGAAACCUCCCGCGGCAGCUCCGCCUGUCCAGGGUAAGCUUAUUUUCAUUUUUCUGUCAUCUACAAUUUUCGAUACUUGUAUUGUUCAUUGAUA